GGUAGGGCAAAGGAAGAAAAACUGCUCUUUAGUGGAGAGGAAAGUACCACAAGUGAACAAACCACUCACCUGGAGAGUGGAUUGCGCAUUGUUCAACUCCUUGACUUGGGUGGAAGUGAGAGUGAGAAAGAGAAGGACACGAGCGGUGGAAGAUCAUCUGCCUUGGCACCAAGUGAACAAGGGGGAGCUGGCACUCAAGAAGAAAUUUCUGCUGAGUCAUCCGAGGAAUCAAAGAAAAAUAAUGAAUCACUUGUGCCGCGUGUCACAGGCUUAUCCAGAAAGACUAGAUGGGACAAUGUCAGUAACACCUCAGAUGGUGACACUCCAGAAAGAGACCUUCCUGGUAUUGUAUCCACUUUACAUCUAUUGAUAACAAGAGAGUACUUUAAUUAGGGUUCUCCAGAAAAUUUUAAAAGAGAAGGGGAAAAAUAAUAAGCAGACAGUAAUAUAUUAGAUUAAAAGACACAGAGCACCUUUCAUGUGGCACACCCACUUAUAAUAUUGACUCCCUUCCAUUAUGGAAGUCUUCCCCUGGGAACAUUUAUAUUUGGUGGUCCUGAAAACUGCAUUUCCAUGAGUAUGGUAACUUUAACCCACAUUGGCUUCAUUGUAUAAUUUUAUAUCAUGUGUUUGUUUUUUCAACUAAAGUGUGGUGAAGUAAAUACAAAGGAUUUAGUAUCCCUCUAAACAUUUUUCCAGAGAUUGGCCUAUGUUUCUGUGACGACUAAACAGUGAUUUUUACCAGUUGCUGUUGUCUUUGAAUAACCCCUGCAAUGCAGCUUAAAAUAGUGACACGAGGAUACUUUUUUGGACGAACGUUAGUUUUCUCCUAACAAUAUCCAUACAUCAUCAAGAGAAAAAGAUAUGAGGAUUUAUACAAUGAUCACCCAAGGGAAAAUGCUUUCAUCUGUUGUCAAAUUCUCUCAUUUAAUUCUUUGGUGAAAUGUAUGGAGAUUAGUCUGAAGAAUUUCUACAUGGACAUUGUGGGCUCAAGGGAUUAAAAUUAAUGUAGUUGUUAUGGGAUGGUCAUUUGUGGGGCUUCUGAUGUCUUUUAGUAUACUAGGGGUUUCUGUCAAAUUCAAAUAUUAUAAUAACCCUCUUCAGGGUUGUCACUAAGGUGUCAAGUGGUCAGGUAAAUACAACAAGAAGGCGGGGAAUCAAUCAGCUAGGGAUUUCUUUUGGUUCCAUUUUUCUUCUGUUUUCCUUUGAAAGAAGCCGGGGGCCACGUUCAUAGUAGUGCUUUUGUAGAACACAAUAAACGGUGACAGGGCGAACUACUGCAGCGUAGAUUUCCUUUGCAUGGUGACACUUGAGGCAUUACAGCAAAGAAUCCAAAUGUUAGGAUGUCAGUAGUUUAUUGUAGGGGGGUUACUGGUAAACCCACUGACUGAGUUUCCCUUCAUUGCCAACCUGAAAUUGUUUCAAACCUUCAGCUAGCUCAGGUAUCUUCAAAAGUUAUUCAAACGUUUAAUUCACUAAUAUAAGGAGAAUAGGGAAGGUUGUUGAAAUCCAGUGUCUUGCUCUAACAUUCAAGGACCCUUCAUACAUUUGGUCACUUGAACAAUUUUUUAUAGUAGGAGAUCAUGUGACAAACUGUGUUCACUUGAGAAGAGCUUGUACAUAAGAAGCUUUUUUUGGAAUCGCAGCAGCAACUUUCAUUAAAUUGGUUCCUUUUUGUAACACUCCAGACACUUGCAUUGUUGUGGUACCAUAAGAGCUAUAUAAUAAUAAUUGAAAGGAUGUAGCUCUCAUAGCCAGUGGUACUUUUAAUUAUCAUGCCAUCAUAAUGUUUAUUUGUUUACUCUAGGAUAUUGCUCUGUUGGUAUUAACUUCAAACAGCAUCAUUCCAAAACAACAGAGGCUGCUCAGAAGACAUAUCCUGAUAUAACAGCUGCUCCAAGGGAACCUAAACCAAAGACUGUACGUGAUGAGGGAGACAGUUCAACUUCUGUUAUUAAGAGUCGUCUUUCUGUGGUUACCCAACCCUCUCAGAAAAGAAGAAGGCACAACAGUACAACAGAGGGAAGUGACUCAGAAGAACGUACUACUCCAUCUAAACGAAGAAGGCCGGAUAGUCAUGUGCGGAGAAGACACAGACGGUCCCCGGAACGACAUAGUCCUGUGGACAGUACAAAGAAGUCUAGCAGAGACAGGUCAAGAUCCAAUGAGAGGCGUCAGCGAUCUAAGCGUGAUCACUCGAGAGAAAGGAAAGUCUCCUCAAGGAUUGUCGUCAGUAAUCAAACAACAAAAGGACAAACAUUGAAGAUAACCAUAUUACAAGGUCAGUGCAAAAUGUUAUUACAAAGCAUGUACCUGGAUGGUAUUGAAAAAAAAAGUGAAGAUUGUAAUGUUCAGCAAUGGUAAAACAUUGAUUGAAUUAUUUCUCUUUGUCGGUGUUUCCUGUUUUGUAGUUCCACACAUCAAAAUUUAUUUUUGGUGUGAACCAGAAACUUAGGCAACUUUUCAAGCAUCCCUGCCUUCUUACACUUUUAACUCUCUUUUAGUCCUUCCAGGUGAUAAAUGUGCGAAAAGAGAAGUAUUAUUAAAAUUAAUAUUAAAAGCCACAACAUGUUUUUUUAGGUGCAUUGUAUUUUUAAAAGUAAUCAUGAUGUUGCAUUUUCGCUUAGAUCCCAGUCCUGAGAAGGGAAAGGUUGAACAAGAGAAGUCAGAUCUUCCUAAAACACCUGAAGAAAGGCAACCGUCACAACAAGUAAUGAUGAGUAGCUUCCUUUCAUGAAUUAGCAGCCUGCAAAGAAAGUAGUGUCUGAUAGCCUAGAGAUAGUGAAUUUUGCUAUUGGGCUAGGGACUUCUGUUUUUAAUUUGCCUGACGGGCAAGUGAUGUUUUUUGAGGAAUUCGAAUAACAGAAGAACUGUGACAUCAAUGUUGCUCGUCAAAAAGCUUUUGGGGCUAGUUGAAAUGACAUCUGGGCUAGCAAAUGCUACCUUCAGCUUGCCAUCGUAAAAAUGAUUUUCUUUGUACCCUGAUUAGAUAAUUCGCUACAGUUUUGUGUUGAUACCAAGUGAGCAAAACUAUCAGUGUGCAAAGCAAGUCUGUUUUAAAGCUUGCCAUUCGGGCUAGCUUUAGCUGGCAUUUACCAGCCCAAGAGUCAUUUAAACUAGCCUUACAAUAUUUUUGAUGAGCAGGAUUGAUUACAGUUCUUCUGUAAUUUGAAUUCCCCUGACCUAAAAAACUUCACUUUCCCCUCGGGCAACUUAAGAACAGAAUUCACAAGCCCAGUAGCAAAAUCUACUACCCCUGGGCUAUCGGACAUGCCUUUCUGUGCAUGCUGACAAAUACAGUCUAAAAGUGCUGCCAAACUGGUCUUAUUUAAAUAAUUGGUUCUUUAUCUACAGACUCAAAAUUAGAACUGCUCCCUUGUUUUCACAAUGUUAACUCAAGGAGAGACAACAAUUAUGGUUGCACUCUGCUGUUAUGUUCGCAUGGCUCAGGAUCGCUUGUGAGGAGACAGUUUUCUCAGAGCCCACAAUGCUGUGCUAGAAUAAAGGCACCUUAACGAUCAUCAACCAUAUUUUAUGUGGUUUAGAUGCUGAAUAGGGAGCAACAUGUUUUUGACAAGUGGAUUGUACUUUAGAUAACACUGUUGUAGUGUGUGGUAUUAUACUGGUGUUCGGAAGGGCUCUAUGUAGUUCAUGUCACCACCUACAGUCAACUCUCGCCUUGCGGAUGCCUCCAUAAAAUGGACAGCAGCUAAAUCCCAAACAAAAAUAAACUAUAGAUGUUUGACUGAAGUAAACUCUCGCUGUUACAGACUCUCGCAAAUGAGGACACUACCUUAAUGUCCCUACAGUGUCCGCAAUAAAGGGAGUUGACUGUAUUAAGCAAUUUCUGCAGUGAUUAUGUUAUGAAUGACUCAUAAUUCUGAGAGUUUUAGGCCUACUUGAUCUAAUCGUACACUGUAUUUGAUUUUUUUCUAUUGUUUUUGAAAUACAAAGAAAAACCCUCUUGCUGACAUAGAGUAUAGUGACCUUGAAGACAUCAGCCCAGGGAGACUCAGUUCAGAAGAUGAACGUCCAGCUACACCAGACACUCCAGAAACAGCAAUUCCUGCUGUAGACUUCACUCAUCCAAGCCUAGGCUUCUGGGCUGCACCAUUAGGAAACAAUGAGAUGGCCAAGCCAGCUGUCCCUGCUUUGGGUGUUCCUAUAAUUGCUGAGGAUCCACAAGGGACUGGAGCUGAUGACUUGCCACCUAUAACUAAUUUGUCUUACCUUGAUGACCAACUGCACUCUGGAAUUCAGCUAGAUCAAGUGUCAUAUGGCAUUGAGGAAAGGAGUAUUAGGGAGGAUGCAACACAAGCACCUUGGCCGAGUAAGUAACUUGGCCUCUUUGCUCAAAAGGUGGAUAACGCUAUCUAAUGGAUGAGUCUUGGUCUGUUAGAUAACCAAAAUUGGUUUCCCUAACACACUGUACUUUUCCACUGGAUACUGAUGUUGGCUACAUUCACCGAACAAAAAUGUUCAACCGGAUGAAGAUUUGUGCUUUUAGGCGUUCCGUUUACACGGAUCCACCCUAACUGUACCAAAAGUUAUACGCCUAUCUAUUCUAAGUUCCCUGUGAACAGGACGAAAAUAUUUAAUAGUCCUGUUUGAACAAAGUGCCAGGUCAAAUUUUUCAGCCAGUCAAAAAUUUGUUUGGUACCAUGGGGACAUAGCCUUCUCCACUUUCCCUGUUGGUACCAAUGUGGCGGCUUUCUAUGGAGCCCUACAUACUGAUGUGAAACAUUCCGACAAUAACUGAAGUUGGAGAUGUGGCAAACUCCUGAACUUGAUAGUGACUUCUUUUUUAAUCUUGUCAAGUAUCACACUGCCUUGACUUCAUUUAUUGAACGGUUUUAGAUUUUGUUUUGUAAUUGCACGACCAUCCCAAUUAUUGUUUGUGUUGGCUGCCUUGUCUUUAUUCUGACAGUUAUCAUUAAUAUUACCUUAGCCUUAGUUGAGGAAGGUUUCUUCUGUCAAACUACAACCUCUGAAGAACGUGACUUACUAGAGAAGGGUGUGGAAGAAAAAGUUUAUCUGACCGAUGAUCACUAUUACUCAAUGUCUUCACAUGACAGUGGAGAGAAGUCCAGGUACGUGUAUGCACUAUGCACAAGUCGUCAGUAAGGACGAUGAUAUUUUAAGUUUACAAGAUUUGCAUUGAAUAGAUCACACAAAUUUAGGCUAAUUCAGCCGUAAGGGCCAAGUGUUCAUAGCAUUGAUGGAAAUAUAAAAGUAACAACUUAAAACUUUGAAAGAUCCCAAAAGCAAAAUGGAAGAGUGGAUGGGCAAGAUUAAUGUGGAUUGCUUUUGGAUAAAUUUUCAAAAAAAGCAGCAGCAUGAUUUUUCAAAGUUACCUCAAUUUUUAUCAAAAGUGCCAUUUAUAAUGCCGGGAGUCAUCUUUGACCAAGAGUCUGUGGUGUUACAAUUCAAAUGAAACCUCUUCAGCAAUACUUUCGGAUGGUCCUAUUUUUUCAGAAUUUUAGUAAAUGAAAUUUGGAAAUUUUGUUGAAGUUUGACUUUGCCACUUUUGGGAGUUGAAGGUUUAUGUGUCUCAUGGAGUUAAGUGAUUUGCCCCAGUUAAAAACCAACAUUUCUUAAUUCCAAUUUCACCAGAAAUCAGGAGAACCACUACGUAAAUGUGCUUCCUAUUUCUACCUCUAAAUUGUCAUUUAUUUAUGUUUGUGUUGUUUACGACAGAUAUGAUCACGAGUUUGCUCAGUCUGAGGUGUUUGACUAUGGACAUGGCCAUAGUGAAAAGCAGAGUAACUUACAAAGAAGCAGUGGCCAUACAGACUCAAGAAUCACACACAAGGUGAUCCAUAUUACCCAUAACUUAAACGUGCUGUUUUAUUUUCUAUGGGCUGUACUCUAGCAGCGCCUGGUGGCCUGUGGCGCCUAACGAUUGCUCUUGGGCUACUAGAAAAUCUUACUUUUUUCAUACAAAUCAUAUGCUGGGCGCCUUGGAUUUCACAAGUUCAGAGCACUUGGCUUCCUUCCGUUUUUCUUAGAGCACAGCCUUGAAAACGUAAUAAACAUUAUCUAAUACGUGAAUCAACCCAUUAGAGGGUGUAGGAUGACAGUGUUUCAACAAAUGUGAUGAGUAUAAUGUAUUGUAGCUUCAAGACUUUUAUAAACAUCCUACAAAAAAGUGUUAAAGACAAAAAGCUAUUUCUUGAAAAUUGUAUGGGGUUUAAGUCUCUGUGAGACAGGCACCUCAGGUAAGUCUCUGCUAAGUACUAGAGGGAUUUUGCUCUUACGAUAAAGCUAAUUUAUAGCAAAAAACAGCACUUUAUUGAGUGUCAAUGUAUUUAGCAUUAAAGUAUUGACUGAGGACAGUAUUUCAGUGUUCGUACCGAGUCUUGAAUUCUUGAAAAAGUCUUGAAAUUUGCCUAGAAAUUUCCCAGACCCGGAGAAAGUGUGGAAAAUAGAGGUUAAGUCUUGGAAAAAUGGUAAGAAGUGUUGAGUUUUUUCGAAAUUUUUUGAAAUACAAAGAAAAACCCUCUUGCUGACAUAGAGUAUAGUGACCUUGAAGACAUCAGCCCAGGGAGACUCAGUUCAGAAGAUGAACGUCCAGCUACACCAGACACUCCAGAAACAGCAAUUCCUGCUGUAGACUUCACUCAUCCAAGCCUAGGCUUCUGGGCGGCACCAUUAGGAAACAAUGAGAUGGCCAAGCCAGCUGUCCCUGCUUUGGGUGUUCCUAUAAUUGCUGAGGAUCCACAAGCGACUGGAGCUGAUGACUUGCCACCUAUAACUAAUUUGUCUUACCUUGAUGACCAACUGCACUCUGGAAUUCAGCUAGAUCAAGUGUCGUAUGGCAUUGAGGAAAGGAGUAUUAGGGAGGAUGCAACACAAGCACCUUGGCCGAGUAAGUAACUUGGCCUCUUUGCUCAAAAGGUGGAUAACGCUAUCCGAUGGAUGAGUCUUGGUCUGCUAGAUAACUGAAAUUGGUUUCCCUAACACACUGUACUUUUCCACUGGAUACUGAUGUUGGCUACAUUCACCGAACAAAAAUGUUCAACCGGAUGAAGAUUUGUGCUUUUAGGCGUUCCGUUUACACGGAUCCACCCUAACUGUACCAAAAGUUAUACGCCUAUCUAUUCUAAGUUCCCUGUGAACAGGACGAAAAUAUUUAAUAGUCCUGUUUGAACAAAGUGCCAGGUCAAAUUUUUCAGCCAGUCAAAAAUUUGUUUGGUACCAUGGGGACAUAGCCUUCUCCACUUUCCCUGUUGGUACCAAUGUGGCGGCUUUCUAUGGAGCCCUACAUACUGAUGUGAAACAUUCCGACAAUAACUGAAGUUGGAGAUGUGGCAAACUCCUGAACUUGAUAGUGACUUCUUUUUUAAUCUUGUCAAGUAUCACACUGCCUUGACUUCAUUUAUUGAACGGUUUUAGAUUUUGAUUUGUAAUUGCACGACCAUCCCAAUUAUUGUUUGUGUUGGCUGCCUUGUCUUUAUUCUGACAGUUAUCAUUGAUAUUACCUUAGCCUUAGUCGAGGAAGGUUUCUUCUGUCAAACUACAACCUCUGAAGAACGUGACUUACUAGAGAAGGGUGUGGAAGAAAAAGCUUAUCUAACCGAUGAUCACUAUUACUCAGUGUCUUCACAUGACAGUGGAGAGAAGUCCAGGUACGUGUAUGCACUAUGCACAAGUCGUCAGUAAGGACGAUGAUAUUUUAAGUUUACAAGAUUUGCAUUGAAUAGAUCACACAAAUUUAGGCUAAUUCAGCCGUAAGGGCCAAGUGUUCAUAGCAUUGAUGGAAAUAUAAAAGUAACAACUUAAAACUUUGAAAGAUCCCAAAAGCAAAAUGGAAGAGUGGAUGGGCAAGAUUAAUGUGGAUUGCUUUUGGAUAAAUUUUCAAAAAAAGCAGCAGCAUGAUUUUUCAAAGUUACCUCAAUUUUUAUCAAAAGUGCCAUUUAUAAUGCCGGGAGUCAUCUUUGACCAAGAGUCUGUGGUGUUACAAUUCAAAUGAAACCUCUUCAGCAAUACUUUCGGAUGGUCCUAUUUUUUCAGAAUUUUACUAAAUGAAAUUUGGAAAUUUUGUUGAAGUUUGACUUUGCCACUUUUGGGAGUUGAAGGUUUAUGUGUCUCAUGGAGUUAAGUGAUUUGCCCCAGUUAAAAACCAACAUUUCUAAAUUCCAAUUUCCCCAGAAAUCAGGAGAACCACUACGUAAAUGUGCUUCCUAUCUCUACCUCUAAAUUGUCAUUUAUUUAUGUUUGUGUUGUUUACGACAGAUAUGAUCACGAGUUUGCUCAGUCUGAGGUGUUUGACUAUGGACAUGGCCAUAGUGAAAAGCAGAGUACCUUACAAGGAAGCAGUGGUCAUACAGACUCAAGAAGCACACACAAGGUGAUCCAUAUUACCCAAAACUUAAACGUGCUGUUUUAUUUUCUAUGGGCUGUACUCUAGCAGCGCCUGGUGGCCUGUGGCGCCUAACUUUUGCUCAUGGGCUACUAGAAAAUCUUACUUUUUUCACACAAAUCAUAUGCUGGGCGCCUUGGAUUUCACAAGUUCAGAGCACUUGGCUUCCUUCCGUUUUUCUUGGAGCACAGCCUUGAAAACGUAAUAAACAUUGUCUAAUACGUGAAUCAACAAUUAGAGGGUUUAGGAUGACAGUGUUUCAACAAAUGUGAUGAGUAUAAUGUAUUGUAGCUUCAAGACUUUUAUAAACAUCCAACAAAAACGUGUUAAAGACAUAAAGCUAUUUCUUGAAAAUUGUAUGGGGUUUAAGUCUGUGUGAGACAGGCACCUCAGGUAAGUCUCUGCUAAGUACUAGUGGGAUUUUGCUUUAACGGCAAAGCUAAUUUAUAGCAAAAACAGCACUUUAUUGAGUGUCAAUGUAUUUAGCAUUAAAGUAUUAACUGGAGACAGUAUUUCAGUGUUUGUACAGAGUCUUGAAUUCUUGAAAAAGUCUUGAAAUUUGCCUAGAAAUUUCCCAGACCUGGAGAAACUGUGGAAAAUAGAGGUUAAGUCUUGAAAAAAGGGAAGAAGUGUUGAGUUUUCUUGAAAGCUACAAGUGCUGCACAAGUGAUAUUUUUUUCGUGUUGGUCAAAUCUCAUUAAAUCUUGCCUGCAUGGAAAAAGUCUUAUUCCUGCGUUUUUAACAUCUCUAUUGACCACCUACAUGUAUUUUAUAACCUUGAGUCUGGAGAAAGAAAUUAUAGUUUUGGAAAAAUUCUGGAAAAAGUCUUGUAUUUUAGAUAAAAAAUCUGUACGAACCCUAGUAUUUUUAUGUCUCCUAGUGGAGGUGGGACAGCCAUUUUACGUGGUCAUCAGAGCCAGAGUAGCUUCAUUUCUUCAUUUAGUUGAGUAUUGGUCCAGCCCUGGAAAUGAAACUUGUGACCUCUUGCUCAGCAGUUAAGCACACCGUAAUUUUUAGGGAGUUAUUAUAACUCCAAAGAUGGAGUAAACAUUUUGAUACAGGAUAACCCCUUUUUGGGGGUUAUUUAAACUCCUAAUUUAACUCCGAAUUUGGGGUGAUUUUUAUUCCUGGAAAAGAGUUCUUUUUACUCCCAGUCUGGAGUUAAAAUAACUCCGAAAUUGGGUUACUUUUACUCCUUACAUGGGUUGUUUUUACUCUUUUUGGAGUUAAUUUAACUCUGAAAGUGGAGUAAAAAUUUUAGGUGCAGGAUAACUCCUUUUUUGGGGUUAUUUUAACUCCUCAAUAUGUGGGGUCACUUUUACUCCUGAAAAAGAGUUCUUUAAACUCCUUUUUGGAGUUAAAAUAGCUCCACUGUUUACCCCCUCUACAGGAGUUAUUAUAACUCUUGAAAAUUACCGCGCACUCUACCAACUCAGCUAAUCCGGCUUUUUCAAACCUCCAGGAAAAUAAAAAAAACUGUUUUCUAUCAAGAGAGUGUCCCAACCUCAUUUUAACACCAUAAUUAUUUCUUUCACUUUGCAGGAUUACAAACAUCACUCUUCAACUCGAAUGUCACGAUAUUAUCCUUGGCAGAGUCAUGUGGAAGAGAAGCGCAAUCAGAUGACAACAGUUGGUGGAGAAGGCAGGUAUUUUUUGACUUGGCUACUUGUUGAAGGCCGUGUUUUUUUUCUACAAAGCACAGCACCGUCACCAAUUUAAAUUACUGAUAGCAUCGCGUAAAAGCACCGUCACAGUUUAAUUCAAAGAUUCUAGUAACCUUGUAUUUAGCAAAGAGAGACUCAAAAUGAAAGUCAGCAACCUAUGACUGGUCGUGACUAUUAAGAUGCUUAGGUGCUGAUGGCUACACAAAGAGGUUCAGAAAGAUAUUAAUUAGCAGCCUUUUUCCAACCAAAAUUCUAACCACUGUUUUUUCCCUCUUACUUCCAUUUUAGGUUCAAAGUCAACCGCGCAAAACGUCACUGGAAAAAGUACUGGCUCUGAGAUGUCUACAGCUCUGACUGAUGAGAAUCCUGGUAAAAAAUUUAAGCUGGAAAAAGGAAUACUCAGCAGUAAAUAUGAUAACACUGAUACCGCUAAGGUACCAAGUCUCAAUGAUUUGCCGCAAUCUGACAAGCCGAGAAAGUGGGACAUUAUGGUGUUUGCCUGGAUGGAUAAAUCCCAGUUCUCCAAUUGGCUGCGUAGAAAGCAGCAUGGAGCCAAACUGUCUUUGGGUGCUAAGGGUGGGAAGAACCCAGUACAGUACACAGCAGAAACUUACAGGCGCUCAUCUGAACGUUUGUUGCGCCGAGUUAGGAGGCAGCUUAGACCGUCAAGUCGCAGCCGCAGUAAAUCACCACACAAGGAGGAGAGGCAGUUAUCAGACUGCCCUGAUUUUGACUUUGAUGAUUUGGACCUUGAAUCAAAUUUGCUUAAAGAAGAUGCUCAUUGUUCUGUUUCUAAGGAAUCAACUCCGCAUACCACAAAGGAUGCUGCUGAGAAAUCCGCUGUACAUAGUAAUGCUCUCUCUUCACCCAGCACCGUAAAUAAUGAAGUUGUACAUAGAAGUUUGUCUGUUAACGAUGAUAAGGCUGGUACGGAAGCACAUCAUAUUGAUCUGCUUUGUGAUAAUGAAGGUCCAGUUUUAUCAGGAAGGGGUGGAAAAAAGGAGCCACUCAUCAGCAAGGAGCUUGAUGAUGGAAGUAAAGGAAUAACAAACACCAAAGCUGAGCAGCGUUCAAGUGAACAAUUAAAUGAAUGUAGGCCGAUUGAUUUGGAAAGAACUCUAGCUACUGAUGUCACAGCCAGUAAAGCUGAUCACACUGAUGUGAUUUGUGAGAGUGAAGUUUUGCUUACAUCAGAAUGGAGUAGAAGUGACGAGACAGACACCUUCAGGAACUUUGAUGAAGCAGCUAAGGAGGCAGCCAACACAAAAUCGGAGCAGCCUUCUAAUGAUCCAUCAAGUGAAUGUGAGGCAAUGGACGUGGAAAGAAACCUGACAAGUGAUGUAGCAGUUGGUGCUGGUAAAGAAUCUGAUGAUGUUGAUUUGAUUUGUGAUAAUGAAGUCUUGGCAAUAUUGGAAAGGUGUGGUAAAGAUGAAACACUCAGUCCUAAAGACCUCGAGGCAGCCGUCACAAAACGUGAAAAGUCCUCUUAUGAUCAAUCAGCUGGUUGUGAGGAGUCGGAUGCCAAGAAGACCCUGACAAGUGAUGCGGCAGGUGGUAAAGAUGAUCACAUUGAUCCAGUGUGUAAUAAUAAGGUUUCAGCUGCCAUGGAAGUAGGUGCGGAAGUUGAGUUACUCGCCAGCAGGACCCUUGAUGAAGCAAGUAGCGAUGCAACUGACACUCACGUAGAACAGCUUGAAAAUGAUCCGUUAGCUGUAGAAAAAACGCUGACAGGUGAUGUGACAGUUGGGAGCAUCUGUAAGCAGGACUCAGUAACUGAAUGUUUUAACACGUUGCUUGAUCCUGUCAUGGAUGAAAGUCAACCCCGUGCCAGUUUGAAUUUUCAAGAGGAAAGAGACACAGGCUCAAGAAGGAUUAAUGAGCAAAAAUUAAUUAUUAGUGAUCAAGAUGAAGGGUGUUCGGAAACCUACAGCAAAGUACUAAAAGCAAAGAAAUUGCAGGAUGAUUUUGGUGAGAAGCCACACGGCCAAGAUGUGAAGCAAACCGAACUAGAGGCCACCAUUGCUGCAAGGGGUAAAGAGGGGUCAUCAAUGUUAGGUGAUCAGAGAACAGUUAGCAAAGAAGUGAAGAAAACUGCACAGACUAGCUACAAAGGAGGGGUUGACACAGGGGAAGGAAGUUUGAAUACCCCUGAGGACAAAGAGUUAUCUUUGACAGAAGAACUGGGUGACGAAGAAGCAGCGCAAGAGUCAUUUUCCUGUCGCCCUCCUCUUCCUUCAUCUUCUCCUCCGCUUCCUCCUCCUCUUCCUCCUCAGCCUGCGCCAUCGGUGUGUUCAAUGAGUGAUAAAAGUGUGGAAACAGCACCAGUUUGCCAAACCAAUAUGCAGCCCCACGUAACAGUUGAAAAGACAAAUAACAUUGAAAGUACUCGAUCGGAGGAUACAGAUUCACUGGAGACCACUCCUACCAACACUAGCCAAUCACCUUUUGUGGUAACCUCGGUUUUUAGUUCAGAAAAGUUCAGCCAGUAUCUUUCUCCUGUUGAUGGAGCUUCGUCAAAAGAUCCAGUAGCAAAAGACUCGUGGCUUCAAUCCACUGCGCUGAAUACUACUACUGCUUCUUCACCUGCAUUGUUUACACCUCAUUAUCCUUCAAUAGCAACUCCACCACCUCUUCCUCCCAGUUUCAUGUGGCCUAGAGUGGAUCAACCUGGAUCCCUUCCCAUGGCAGGAGUUGUACCAAACCAUUCUUCUCUGCAGCAGCCAAAUUAUAGGUUUCCCUCCUGGGCUGAUCAGGCAGCACCAGUGCCAUUCCCAGUUGGAUGUGUACAACGACCGUCAGCAGGUUCCGGUGAUAUUUGCCCUCCUGGCACUGAGGAUGAACAAAAUGUCAACAAGGCAUCAGGCCCUGCAGGGAUUGUUGCAGAUGAUGACAAGUCACAUGGAAACUUCAUGGACCACUCACUCGUCAGUGAACUGAUGCAGUUUUACUCCGAAAUCAGUGAAGUUGAAGGAAAAGAUAACAACAAUAACAAUAACCAAGUGACUGAAAAAACUGUCGAAAGCGUAAAGAACCCAGAACCAACAGAUAUGAGAAGUGAUAAAGAUGAAGGAGCUACAAGCGAAAUGGAGAUUGAGUCUGACCUUGAAGGCAGUGUUGUGGAUGUUUCUGAAAACACCGAUGUUCAAGAAACCAAAGUCAGUGAUAAUGCAUUCCCUGAGACUGCCGAAUGCUUUGAUGAAUCAGUUGAAUUUGGGCAGAAAAGAAAAGAAGUGGUGUCUACUUCAAACAAGUAUAGUACAGUAACAGAGGGCAUCUCAAAGUCAGUGGCGCAUUUGGAAAAUACAGCUGUUUGCUCUACUGUGGCCUCCAUGAUGGACAAAGCAGUUACUGAGAAUCCCCUUUGCUUGAACACAGUGAGUUCAGAGCCUGUGAAAACUACCGCUGUCUCCAGCUUGGUACUUUCCACAGUGGACUCCGGGCUGUUGGAUGAUGACAAAACUCUGAAGAUUCCUGCCAUGGGUGCACAAACAGUGCAUGUGCAAGAUGUUCAUGUUUCCAGCCCUCUGGAUUCCCCCAUCGACACCCCACCAUUGCAAAGCCCUGCCGUCAUCACCGAUGAAGUCUCUGGAGACAUCCAGGUGUCGACUCCUAUUGAUCCAGUAUUUUUUGCAAAUGUCGAAAAAACAAUCUUUAGCUCGAUCUGCGACUUGACAAACUUGUUGGGUCAGUCACCAGUGUUUGAUCGCAUUGCGGAAGAAGCCAUAGCCUCAACAGUAUCGUCUUUGGAGGAUGUUCUUCUGCAAGCACAAAGCAGUUAUCAGGGGUCAAAUAGCUGCCCAUCUGACAGUGGUGUGUCUAUUGGUGAGGAUGUAUCUAUGCCCUCGGCAUUAUAUCGUGGUAUAUCAAUGCCAGCAAGUCCCCUUCAGGGGUCAUUAGACUUGAGAAGUGAAAAAAGUGGAACAAGUAGUGGACCAGAAGGGAGUGACACAAGUCACUGCACCAGUAAAGGUUUGUUCUUUAGUUGUCAGUUUAAGUCAGUGAACCUUAUUUAAGAGCGAAAAAAAAAAUCUUAAAUCGCGAAAAAGUCCCAUUCUCCUUUCGUUUCAUUUGAAUAGUUUCGUCACAUUCACAGACCUAAAGUUAGAACCUUUUACAGUACAAUAAACAGUACCACAGUUACUGCUACUGUAGCUUUCACUUGAAUCGUCACACUUCAGGAUUUGAUUUACAGACUCUAAAGUUUGAACCACCGUGUGCAACAUAAUAAACCUUACCACGGGAAAGUUCUGCUCAGUAGCUUUCAUUUAAAAGAUUACACUGCAGGAUUUGAUCCAGUCUCAAAUGUUAGAACUAAUCACCUGUCUUCCUAAUUGCCUUUGAACGUGAAAGGAACCCGAAAAUGGGAAUUCUCUCAUAAAUUUACGAAAAUAUCAAAGCAUUAUUUCUCAUGUUAAUGUCUAGAGGUUGUACUGGCCCACCAGUUUCAUUUCACAAAUUUUAAGAAUCUUGAGUUAGACAACAAUAAUCAAGUUAGACUGAUGUUCGGUAACUUUUAAUUGAAAGGGUUCACUUUGGGGACUGGCAUGCACAUAUUCAGAAGUUUAACUUUCCUCUUUUUAAUAAACCAUUUUGCGUGACAGUGUUUACAUUUUGCUGGUCACUCGUAGAGAAUUUCCUACACAGACUAUAAUUUUUUUUCAAUCAUUUGAUAGGGCUUGCCUUUAUUAAUACGCUCAAUAAAAAACUGUCCAGAAAGAAGUUGAUGGCAUAAGCAUCAAAGACCAGUGUUAUAUUUUUUGACAAGAUUGUUUUAUUACUAAUGGCAUCUGUAAUCAAAAGCAUUGGUUUUAUGUCACUCUGCAGAUAACUGAGUUAUAAUCAUCGCGGUACCACAAGUUGUGGCCUUUUUAUGUGUGAGUACUAACCAGUCUAACUUAACUAGCAGCGUGCAUUUGUGUAAUGUUAUUGUCAGUUCACUUGCUUUUAGUGACACUCUCACUCUUAUCUAGCAGUUUAAUGAAGACAAGAAUGCCAUCUAAUUUAUUCAAACCUCAACUCUUUUAACAACUUUUACUCUUAAUGAUUUUCAAUCUUGAUAAUGAUGUUAGAAACAUCGAAACUCCGGAUAACGUUACUUUUUUUUUCUUGUGAAAUGCUUUAACAAGCAACUGACCAUCCGAUUUGUUAUGCCACAAGAGUUUGCAACCAUUUUUAGCGCCUGUUCUUACUCUAACCACUGUUAUGGCCAAACAGGCGUGGAAGGGACCUACCUGCCCAUCUUCUGCGCAACUUUUCUUUGUGUCGGCGUCACGCACGCUUCUCCCUACCAGUGAACGAGUUUUCAACUACUAGCUGAUAAAACAAAUAUAGCGAACUCUUAAGAAACCUAUUUUUUAAGUUGGAACGAAAAUCGUUGUACCGGGUAGAACGGAGAUGCCAUUAUCAUAUCUGGGAAAUCAUGGUCACCUUUUGUAUAACUUCGUGGCAAAAAUGUACGUCUACCUGUACCCGUAGAGAGAAACGGUUUAUCUUAAGGUCAUUACUGUUUCUGCCUACGGGUACGGGUAGGCGACCAUGUUUGCCACGUAGUUAUACCACAUGCAAACAUGAUUUCCCAGAUGUGAUAAUUGCCGUUGUACCCGGUAGCCUGCCCGUUUGUCCAGGCUGAGAGGCACUCUACCAGUAUUUUAUGGCUACGCGUCCGGGGUAUCUUACCGCUAUACCAUAAGGUCUCUAGUACCUCUCCAGGGUACGCCCUCACCAAAAUGAUCAAGGACGUAUCUAUAGCAUGCAAAAAAAAAAAAAAAGAUAGCUUGUGGUUCUGGUCUAAAUCUUGCCAUUCUGGAUACCAUUAAUGAUGGUCUGUUUAUUUUGCUAUUUUUCCUCCAGUACCUGACAAAGGAGCUGUACAAAAGAAGUUACCAAAAACCCGGAAGAAGUUUCAGUUUUACGUGUAUUCUCCUGAACAUGACAAAGAAUGUGAAGCAGUCAAGGUAAUUUCUGUACUCAUCUUUCUUGCCUUGUAACUUCAAAUAGUAUGGACAGAUCUUUUAUUGUGAAACAAGUUGCUGAUUGCGUCCUCGCUGUCCUUAAUUUCCUAAUUUUGUCAUUUAUUUUUCUCUCAGUUCACUACUUGUUUUUGAGCUUUGUGAUUGAACCCAAAUAUUUUCUUUCAAAACGGCUUCAAGAGGGCUGUAAUAUUGACUUAACUCUUUUGUAUCGUUUUUGUCAAGAACUACAUGUUGAAAGCAGGGGGUGUGUUUGUGGACGUCAAGGAUUCAUCUUGUUUGCACGAGACUGCUCGGGAGUUAAGAGUGCUGAUUAGGAAAAAACAUCAACCAUCCGUUCACAGGUAACAUGACAAGACAAAUCUAUUGAUCAACACUUUCACUUCCAGAGUAAGAUGAUGAAGUCUUGUAAGGUGGUUCUAACUUGUGAAUCUUUGGAUGAAAUCCUAUGAUGUGACCAUUCAAAUGAAAACCUCUUCAGCAGUAUUUUCACAUGCUCCUGUUUAUUUAGUAUGUAGCUCUAACUUUUGAGUCUUUGGAUGAAAUCCUAUGGUGUUACCUUCAAAUGAAACCACUUUAACAGUACUUCCACAUGGUGCUAUUUGUUUUUCAGCAUUUAGCUAAAUUUAAUUUCUUUUUAAAUUUUGACUUUGGCUACUUUUGAAAGUGAAAUUGAGGGUUAUGUGCCCUUACUUGUUUAGCAUAUAAUACAACUAAAACCCUGUAUACAGGAGCAAUUAAGGUAAAAAAUCUUGUCAAGUUUUGUCAUUUACACGACCAAAGAAAUACCCUAGGUAUCAGAGAUUUUUACUCGAGUGCUUGUGGAGAUAUGCUUCAGGGCUUCCGCUAGAGACCAACGCAUGGCCGAACCAACGAGCGGCACUGAAGCCGCGAGAGGAAAAAAAUGUCAAAGAAAACCGUGACUUGCUCUUGAAGAUACACCCUAACGUACUCCUUUUUUCAGGUUGGCAAAUUUGUAUCAGUUGAAGAUGGCGUCGUCUGUCAAGUUUGCAUUGUUUAACACUCUAACUGGUACGUCUCUUUUCCUUUUUCGCACGUCUUUAUUUUAUGCUUUUUCUUCUCUGACGUUGCUGUUACUCUUUUAUGAAUCAAUAUUUCUUGUUUAAUCAAGUUAUGUUUUUUUUCCAAUGCAGAUGUGGUGGAGGGAAGUCGUUCGUAUGAGAACAUCUUUGUUUCUGGCGGCGCCUUGCUUGCUGACGAUAUGAUUCUUAAAACCAUCGACAUCGGUAAAAAUACUUUUGAAAUGUUCGUUAAUCAUUUUUGAAAUGUUUGUUAAUCAAACUGCAGAAAAUAACGAUAAGUUAAACUAUGCAAUAAUAUGGUCCCCUGUUGCGAAAUCUACCUUCGUUCUUAGCCACAAGAGUCUCUCAUUCAUAUCUACACGUUUGUCAUGUUAAAUUUCUAGACUAGAAAAAAAAAUUAACGUUCCAGCCGUCUUCAGCUUCUACGAGAUCUGACCAAGAGGCUUUCUAAAGACCAGAUUGCCGACUACGUCUCUGUAAUUGAAAAAUGAAAAUAUUAUAUCGACAGGCAAAUAUUCAUGAAGAAAGAAAUGGCUAUUUGAAGCGAAAGCAAACUAAGACCCCGUCCACACGAAUCCGGAUAUUUUUGAAGCCGCAGUUGUAUAUAUUUUUAGAGAGCUUUAGAUUUGAGGACGAGUACGAGAAGGAGAUUUUCUUAAUCUUGAGUAUUGCUCGCGCGUAAGCCAGCGUCAUUUUGGCGGGAAAACAUGAUAGCCGUCGUCAUUCUAGUUCGAGUAUUAGCAAGAAUGUCGCAGUGGUAGAAACGAGUUAUCUAAAUGUUACAAGUUUUAUCAUUUUGCGAUCGGGAGAGGGCUUGACCUCCUUUAAUAGAGAUAACAGUGUUAACUUUUCUGGUGAUUCUAAAGUACGAUGAAGCUUUCCGGGGUACCGAUUUUUUUGAGAGUACGCGAAAAAUCUUUAAGUCAAAUUUCACACUCGUAGUCGUUCUCGCCCGCGAAUCUAAGAGUCUCUUUUUUCACGAAUCCGCCUUCUGUCCACACGAAACCAGUGAAUCCAGAACCGCAUUUUUUUUUAACCGCUCGAAUCCGGGUAUUUUACAAUUAUACCUCGAGCCCGAAUGGGCUCUGAGUCAAUAGCCCAUGAGGCUAAAGGCCGAAUGGGCUAUUGACUCAGAGGCUAUGAGGGCGAGAGGAAUAAUUGUUUAGUAAAAUCCAACUAGUUGGUCAAAAAUAUCGAGACAAAACAACUUUAGCUGGUUAAAGCUAGACUAUAAUCCUUUUUGCCGCCAAAAAGUCGGUGCUUUUCGCUAUUAGUGGGCUAUAACAUAUAGCCUAGUAGUAGCUCAACCAAUCAGAACGCGGCAUUGAUAAUAGACCACCAGUUGGAUUUACUAAUAAAAGAUAUGCGGUUUCAAAAAACGCCCGGAUUCGUGUUUACGGGGCCUCUGUAAAUCUUUUAGAGAGUUGAUGUCAAAGUUGUUAUUCUCUGCAGAUUACCUGGCAGGUCUGUUACGUUAUCUUAAGGAACAGAGCUUGGCGCAUCAGAAGUUUGUUUGGGUCUUGAAUAUCAGUAGAAACGGUUACAAGAGGCUAUCCAUGAGCAGGUAAGCAAGUGUAUAGAGUUAAGGACAAACUAACGUUAACGCGACGUUAAAAUAAAACAACAACAACAAGAACAAAAGGAAUUGCACCUCUGUCGAUAAAAUUUUUCUUGGACUUUUCACACCGUGAUAUUCUGUAUGGACUAAAAUCACAUUUUCAAGUCUUACUUCUUUUUUUGGAUUUGAGACUGGUGAAGGUCCGAAGUGUUUUCUUACAUUUUUAAUAACAUUAUUUUGUCAUUCGUUUUUGUCGUUGCGUUUCAAACAGGCCGCUGUCGAAAAGAGACUCAAAGGCGUUGGUAAGUACGGUAUUUGUUUUCCUCACUUUUUUUCUCCUGAAAAAGACUUCUCCUCUGUACUCUUCCAACCCUUCAUUUUGUCUUCCCUAAGAACGAGUGGAUAGCAUUGCCGCCCGAGAGUUUGCUCGCGUGAUAAAUUCAAGUUAUUUUCCCAACUUCGUCCCGAAAUUAACUUAUUCAUUCUCUCUACUCAUGCGCAUAAGACGCAAACCGUGUUAAAAAGGUUAAUUGCUUUUGAAAGGAGAAGCCAUACCAAUGCCAUCAGAUCUUAACAGGCUGAGCAUAUGUAAAUUUGUUUGCCCUUAGAAUCUUCUUCGUCGAUACAAGGAUGAGGGCUUCAUCACAGUCCUUCCCAAGGUAAGAUGGCUGACGUUUUGAUUGCUGUUUUUUUUGCGGAUUUUUUUUUUGCGAAGUGCUGUUUUGUGGACGAGAAUCUAUCAAUUAACAGAAGAAACUGCUCACCACAUGUAGCGACGAGAUACAAAUCUCUAAAUUCUCUAGUAAUUGUUUUAAAGAAUGAACUGCCUUGCAGUGAAAAAAAAAAGCACGUUUGAAAAUGAGAUUAGAGACCUUUAGCACUUGGUUUUUCACGGGGAACUGCAAACCGCAAAUUACAGUUUUCAGUUGCGCGUUUGUAGUUUUACGUUGCCGAGAUUUCAAAUUUUAGCAAGGCGUUCAUUGUUUAGUGCCGCUAUGUUGUUUUUUGUCAAGUCAAAGUGCAUUACUUUUAUCGCCCAAAAAACAGGGAUAAUUCGAGGUCAAAAAUCUAACAAGCACAUCGCAGAUGGAUAAAGAAAGUUUAAACGUGAGGCUGUACACUUUUUAGUGGCAAAAAACCUUGCCGUAAGUCACUUACCCGCUGGACGUCCUUCCUGCCGUUCAAACGUGAACUGCAAACUGCAAAUGCGACCGCAAGACGAUGGUCACGUGACAUUCUCAGGUUUGCGGUUUGCGGUUUUCCAUGAAAAACCUGAUGCUAAAGGUGUCUGUUAUCAAUAAUCAUAGUUAAGUGGGAGAUUUUUCGCUAGCAUGCGCAUUUGAGUCAACGCCACGUAGAUUUGCCCUGGUGGUUUACUUUGUGUAGUUUUGCCGCUUUUUGCCUGCUAUCUCUCCCCUCCCAGCCACUUCUUGGUCCCUUUACGGUUCUGUGUUCAGUAGAGUUCUCCUUCUUUAUCCUAUCUAGAGAUCAGUGUCACAGAUUCCGGUGGGAGGUAGGGUGGUUGACCCUUAGGACGGUUGUCAUGGUUGUCCUCCUUACUUGCAUUUUGCGCACAUUCACUUGCUUAUCGCCAACAGUUCUCACAAUUAGCACCCACUCCCCUGAUAAAUAUUGCUAAUCGGCAAGUUAAACGCAGCCCUUCAUGGGCUAUCGCACCUUCGUGGGUAAAUUUUCAUAAAACAAAGUUUAAUUUUACGCAGGGCUAUGUGACUGAAGGUAUUCCUGCAACUCAACGAUAUCUACAGACUUCACUCAAGCUGCAGAUUGAACUCAUCUCUGUCUACAGACACAUCAUCCUACUGUCAGGUAUGCCGGCGAACGUUCAUUCGCCCAACUGUGGUCGUCGGUUAUUUCGAUACAAGUCGUUUUGAUUCAAGUUUAUCCUGUCCAGAUGUAAAUAGUUUUACGUACUUGGGUAAAAACAAAGAAGAAUAUUAACCCCAAAUAUUUUCUUGUUCACGCGCAAACUAUACUUGAAGUGAUCAAAAUUUUUGUAUAAUGUUAGUGAUUGAGGUGGUAUCGAAAUACGGGUUUCCGUAACUUUGCACCUGUUAUUCGUCACUUUAGAAAGGAACUGGAGCCGAAAUGCGUCCCGCAAUUGAUUCUGGGAUCGUUACUGGGGACGCGCCGGUCAGCUAUUGGCCAAUUUUUUCCCAGUUCCAGAAGUCUUUGCGAAAGUUAACUCGUCCCAUUUCCCUUCUGGUUUCAAAAGUGGCGAAUCAGUAUUACAUCAAUGGCAACAGUUCUUUGCAACAUCAAGCCGUUUCUUUUAUUUCAACAGAUAUGGACAAAGGCAGAGUGGAGGUACCGUGGUUCUUGGAACGCGGGGUAAGUUUAAUCAGAUUAUAUAACUGAAAAUCCAUGCAGGACAAGUUAAGUAUAACUUGUUUUGUGUUUUUUCUGUUGUAGAUUGGUGUCAUGAAUGUCCAAGAAUUCUUGACUACAUUUGCAGGGUGAGUUUUCCCUUUUUUGUUUCUCAGUAUGUGGGAAUUUGAGGCGUGCACAACUAUUCUCCAAAUAUGGUCUUAAAAGUUACCCCACUUGCAGUGACGUAGGCUUUCACACUAGGCUGAUUUAGCAACAGAAAGGGAACUUCAUAUUACAACGGCGCGCGCAAAUCAAACAACUUGCUUGACCAAUGGCAGAGCGGCAAAUUGGGCACCGGAAGUCGAGUUUGGUCCUUUCCGCGCGCUUUCCUUGCUAAAUCAGCCUACUAUACCGAAUAGCACGAAAACCAUACCGGAUAGGGGCUCUGUUCACACACAUAAGAACGCUGAUAUCGGUGGGCGCGAUUUCUGUAACGAAGCGAAGCUUAGCCGCGCCGAUCAAUAAAUUGGAGAUUUACAUGUCGGAUAGGUGUUAACACUAUACGGGAUAGGUUUUCGCGCCGGCUGUCCGGUUUAGAGUGAAUUUAGCCUUAGUAUGACAUGUUGCUUAGUAGUUUGACACUAAUUUUUUACAUGCUGCAGGCUCCCAUUUCGGCAGGGGCUUUUGUCUUCAUAAGCUUGGUUCACUAAAUUAUCACCGCUAAUAUAAGGGAUUUGAGCAGAGCUGGCACUUGUAAUGCAGCGCUGACCGACCUUGGUUAUAUAACUGUAUUUUUAUUUCUUGCUUAUAGAGAGAGUGAAGCGAAGACUUUACUCAAUACACGGCCACACGUAUCUUGUUCUGAAACUUCUACAACUUAUACAGCGAUGGAAUGUAGUACUCCAGAAGGUAAUUUUUUUUGCCUUUUUCAAUCAAAAGUUUUUUUUAUCUUAAAGCCAUAUUACAGUAAAAACCCUCGAGCAAGAACCUGUUAGGCUAAAAUUUGCCAGUUAGACCCCCUUUAUAAAAAAAACCUAUUUUGCGUAUACUUUAAAAUAGGUUCUUAUUUUCUAAAAUCUAUAAGACAAUUCUGAACACUUAAGUAAGAUACUUCUGGCUGUAAGAUAAGUCAACAUUCAGGAUCCUCUUUAGAGAGGUGGGUGCUUUAUCACUCCAACUUUAUUGUAAUGGUUUAAAGAUUUUACAUAAGCAAUAAGCUGAAGACCACUAAAUACCCUUAGCUGCAAUGUAUUUGUUUUUCUUCAGAAAAUAAGAGCGUAAAUAGCCUAAAUUUGUGCCAAUUACCAUUUAUUUAAGAACCUGUUCAGGCUGACUUGGGAAAAUGCGGGUUCUUACUCGCAGGUUUUUACUGUAUAUCAAACUUAUAUUCCAGGCAUUACCCUAAGAAGGUAACGCUGUGCGUUAGUGGCCCAUCUCUAUCGUUACUGCGCGAAAGCAUUCAAGGGAUUCGAGUGAAGUGAAGUAUUCGUAUUUGGUGUGUGUGUUUCGUUGGGGGGAGGGGAGGUUGUGAUAAAUGCUCGAGAUCGUAGAAAAUGUAUUUAGUUUACGCAAUCGGAGACCCCGCCACCCCCUAGAAAGAGGAAGGGCGUUGAAGGAACGGUUGUCGAAAGCGGUGUAGUUCUUUUUGUCAUCUCCAUCAUUCCAUUCAGCUUCUAAGUUGAGUCUUUUUUAUUUUAUUCUUUAUUUUAAACAGAUGAUGCUGCCUGUCCGACAUCAGAGGGCACGCCAAUGUCUGACUCCUCAACAGACAGUCCAAAUAUGGAAACAUGCACCACCCCGCAUCAAAGCGCAGAGGAACAGCCUCAGCUCAGCAGUAGCCUCGCCCCUCAAAAGAGAACAGUGCGGUCACUGAGCUGGGAUACUGGAACCAUGACUCAAACCAGACUACAGAUCCUGUCGUGUGUGAGAAGGGAACGUGAUAUCAUCCGUAAUCAGAUCAGCAGUAGUACUCCAUCCAGUCCCGUCAGUCGGUCCAUGUGA